AUGGCUGCGAAGCUGCGAGCGCAUCAGGUGGACGUGGACCCGGACUUCGCGCCGCAGAGCCGGCCGCGCUCGUGUACCUGGCCCCUGCCGCAGCCCGACUUGGCCGGCGACGAGGACGGAGCGCUGGGUUCAGGGGUGGCAGAGGGCGCCGAGGACUGCGGGCCGGAGCGCCGGACGACGGCCCCGGCGAUGGCCCCAGCGCCGCCGCUGGGCGCGGAGGUCGGACCGCUGCGGAAAGCGAAGAGCUCCCGGCGAAACGCGUGGGGGAACCUGUCCUACGCCGACCUCAUCACCAAAGCCAUCGAGAGCGCCCCGGACAAGCGACUCACGCUCUCGCAGAUCUACGACUGGAUGGUCCGUUACGUGCCCUACUUCAAGGAUAAAGGCGACAGCAACAGCUCGGCCGGCUGGAAGAACUCCAUCCGGCACAACCUGUCGCUGCACACCCGUUUCAUCCGCGUGCAGAACGAGGGCACUGGCAAGAGCUCCUGGUGGAUGCUGAACCCUGAGGGCGGAAAGACGGGCAAGACCCCUCGGCGGCGGGCCGUGUCCAUGGACAAUGGGGCCAAGUUCCUGCGCAUCAAGGGCAAGGCGAGCAAGAAGAAGCAGCUGCAGGCACCUGAGCGAAGCCCCGAUGACAGUCCCCCGGGCGCGCCAGCCCCGGGGCCUGUGCCUGCCGCAGCCAAGUGGGCCACCAGCCCGGCCUCGCACGCCAGCGACGACUACGAGGCGUGGGCCGACUUCCGCGGCGGCGGGAGACCCCUGCUCGGGGAGGCGGCCGAAUUGGAGGACGACGAGGCCCUGGAGGCCCUGGCACCGUCGUCGCCGCUCAUGUACCCGAGCCCGGCGAGCGCGCUGUCGCCCGCGCUAGGAGCGCGCUGCCCGGGGGAGCUGCCCCGCCUGGCCGAGCUGGGGGGCCCGCUGGGCCUGCACGGCGGCGGCGCGGGGCUGCCAGAGGCCCUGCUGGACGGCGCGCAGGACGCGUACGGGCCGCGGGCCCGGGCCGGGACGCCCGCCUACUUUGGCGGCUGCAAGAGCGGCGCCUACGGCGGGGGCGGGGGCGGGGGCUUCGGGCCGCCGGCGCUGGGCGCGCUGCGCCGCCUGCCCAUGCAGACCAUCCAGGAGAACAAGCAGGCCAGCUUCGCGCCCGCCGCCGCGCCCUUCCGCCCCGGGGCGCUGCCCGCGCUGCUGCCGCCGCCGCCCGCGCCCAGGCCCGGCCCGGUGCUGGGCGCGCCCGGGGAGCUGGCGCUGGCGGGCGCGACCGCCGCCUACCCCGGCAAGGGCGCGGCCCCGUACGCGCCGCCGGUGCCCUCGCGCAGUGCCUUAGCCCACCCCAUCAGCCUUAUGACGCUGCCCGGCGAGGCGGGCGCCGCGGGCCUGGCGCCGCCGAGCCACGCGGCCGCCUUCGGGGCCCCGCCCGGUGGCCUCCUGCUGGACGCGCUGCCGGGGCCAUACGCGGCGGCCGCCGCCGGGCCGCUGGGGACCGCGCCCGACCGCUUCCCGGCCGACUUGGACCUCGACAUGUUCAGCGGGAGCCUCGAAUGCGAUGUCGAGUCCAUCAUCCUCAACGACUUCAUGGACAGCGACGAAAUGGACUUCAACUUCGACUCGGCCCUGCCUCCGCCGCCGCCCGGCCUGGCCGGGGCCCCGCCCCCCAACCAGAGCUGGGUGCCGGGCUGAGGGCCGCCUCCCGCGCCCCGGGUGCCCCGCCCCGCCCCCAAGGGGCU